CGUUCUCUCACCUGUAGCCACCGCUUACCGGUUUCUCAGCCCUUCGCAAUAUAAACAAGUUCGAGCCGACCUGUCUUAAAGUUAGAUCAUUUGCGCGAAAAUUAUAAACACUUCGACACGAAAGUAAAAAUUAGAAAUUUCAUUUAGUUUGGGAGGUUUAGAUCUAGAAAGAUUUGAAGAGGUAAAUGCUUGUUGAAGAUGGUAGCUGAAUCAGAGGUUGUUUGUUUGCAACAGAGCGUGGAUGUGUUGGAUGUUAACAAUUAUUUUGGCAAAGGAAGCAAAAUUGAAGAGAUUGAAGAUAUUGUUACAAUUACAUCGCCAGUUUCUCCGCGAGCUGUGAAUCAAGUUCGUAUAUCGGAGUCAGUUUCAACCGACUUCUCCACCUCUCAAGUGGACAUAAAAUCUGCAGACAAGAUUCCAGAUGAUCGUCUUGUAGGUACCGUCCUGCAAUUUGUUCCUAGCAUUCGAUCUGGUAGUUUUGCUGCCAUUGGACCACGAAGAUACAUGGAAGAUGAGCAUAUACGAAUAGAUGAUUUGUCAUCUCACUUGGGAUCCUUCUUUAAAUUUCCCAAGCCAAGUGCAUUUUAUGGGUUGUUCGAUGGUCAUGGAGGACCUGAAGCAGCAGCAUAUAUCAGGAAAAAUGUAAUUAGAUUUCUUUUUGAAGAUGUCAACUUCCCCCAGUCAUCUGAAGAUGAUGAUGUUUUCUUGGAGGCGGUUGAGAACUCCCUUCAGAAAGCGUAUCUGCUUGCCGACAUGGCUUUGGCUGAUGACUCCAGUGUGAGCAGCUCCUCUGGGACAACUGCACUUACUGCUUUGAUAUUUGGAAGGCUUCUGAUGGUCGCUAAUGCUGGUGAUUGUCGUGCGGUUCUCUGCCGAAAGGGAGAAGCCAUUGACAUGUCUCAAGACCACAGACCAAUAUACCCAUCUGAAAGGAGGCGAGUUGAAGAAUUGGGUGGUUAUGUUGAUGAUGGGUAUCUAAAUGGUGUUUUAUCAGUUUCCAGAGCCUUGGGUGAUUGGGACAUGAAAUUCCCUCAAGGUUCUCCUUCACCUCUCAUAGCAGAGCCAGAAUUUCGGCAGAUGGUUUUAACAGAAGAUGAUGAGUUUCUCAUCAUUGGAUGUGAUGGAAUCUGGGAUGUAAUGUCAAGUCAGCAUGCCGUAAGCCUUGUACAUCGAGGACUGCAACGUCACGAUAAUCCUGAGCAGUGUGCCCGGGACCUUGUUAUGGAGGCCUUGCGCCUCAACACAUUUGACAAUCUAACUGUAAUAAUUAUAUGCUUCACUUCCCUCGAUCAGCGAGAGCCAUCACCACCUCAACAACGGAGAACAAGGUGUUGCAGCCUGUCUCCAGAGGCCUUGUGCAGCUUGAAGAGCUUAUUGGAUGGCAAUGCUGGCUAUUGAAUGUAGAUAUUAUUUCUAAAUAAAAUCUCUUGAUUAGGUGGGUAUUCUUACUGUUUCUGGCUGCUUCAGUCAGAUACUAGAAAAAGCAGCUACCAGUUUUGUAGGUGUCGAUAUCCCAGUUGUAAUGGGUGAGUUCCGGGCUAACGUACAUAGAGUGGCAGAUGGCGGUGGUGUAAAAUUGAGUACUAAUAUUUUUUCUUGUGUAAAGUCACUAUGGAUUGUUUUUAGUAAAUAAUCAAAUUUCAGGGUGGCUGCCCGUUUGAUGUGGUCCAUUUUUAUUUGUGACACGCUCUGUACGCAUCAUCUAAAUUCAAUAAAAGCUCUUUACAUUUCUGUUCUA